AUGAACUCCGCAUUCCAAAAACAACUUUCCGACAUUGUCAAAACUAUCAGGUCGAUCCCGUUCAACGCCACCGUGGAAGCAGUAAAAAAUAAGCCGAGCAAUGUCGAGGCAAAAGCACUGUUUUGGCAACAAGAGAGCUUGCUGUCACAGGAGUUCAAUAAAGCUGAGGUUCUCAUGCCAAAGGUCCGUGAGAUGCCUCUCUACAAGACCUUUAUGAAGAAGGUCGAGUAUGUCCGGGAAAUGGAAACAAAGGAGGACGACGCCAUAGAUGAAGAGGAGGAUGAUGACAUGGAGGAAGAGGUCCCUCCGACGGUGAAAUAUCAGAGUCCCGGUCAAAUACCACAAACACCAAUGACGAAAAUGGGUCCUCCUCGAAUCCGGAUCCCGGCCAGGAAAGUCUCGUCAAAGGGGAAGGAAAGGGAGAAGGAGCCGGAGAGGAUCAAGCCGAGAUAUAGACAAGUGGAAGUGGUGAUCACGAAAAAAAGGUACGCGCAGAACGUCCCAAGUCCGUCGAAGGACAAAGGCAAGACGGAGGCGGAAACCCCCUCCAAGGGAAAAGGAAAGGCCAAGGAAACCCCCUCCAAGGACACCAUCACCCCGAAGAAGCAAUCAAAACCAAUUCCUUAUAUAAUACCCUGUGCGGAAUGCCUCAGCGAUGUGAAGAAAGAAGGGCCGCUGUGCUGUGUGAAGGAAUUCGACAAUCCGCGGGGAACGUCAUGUAUACCAUGUCAAAGGAAACGAGCGCGCUGCUACUGGAGGUCCUCGGAGACUCGAAAAGCACUAUUAAAGCAUCAGUGGACCGAAGAUUCAUGGGCCCCACCGUCCAAGGAGGAGAUAGAGAAAAUGGACCUCCAAGAACUCCUCGCAACACGAGUUAAGUGCGCUGAGAUGUCUCUUAUGGCGGCAGAGACGCUUUGGGAUUUAAGUAAAAUUCAAAAGAAAAAAUUAAGUACUUGA